GCCAAUGGCAUCGUCUUCAGACUCAUGGAUGAAGGAGUAUAAUGAAGCCGUGAAACUUGCUGAUGAUAUCAGUGGCAUGAUUUCUGAACGGAAUUCGUUUGCUACAUCUGGACCUGAAACCCAGCGCCAUGCAUCUGCUAUAAGAAGGAAGAUAACAAUAUUAGGGACUAGACUUGAUAGCUUGCAAUCCCUUUUGUCAAAGCUUCCUGGGAAACAGCCUAUAUCUGACAAGGAGCUGAAUCGGCGUAAGGACAUGAUUGCAAAUUUGAGGUCAAAAGUUAACCAAAUGGCAUCAACAUUGAAUAUGUCUGGCUUUGCAAACAGGGAUAGUUUGCUUGGACCAGAUACAAAACCGGCUGAUGCCAUGACCAGAACAGUUGGCUUGGAUAACGGUGGACUUGUUGGACUUCAACGGCAAAUUAUGAGCGAGCAAGAUGAGGGCCUUGAGAAAUUGGAGCAGACUGUAACAAGUACAAAACAUAUUGCACUGGCUGUAAAUGAAGAACUGGAUUUACACACAAGACUCAUUGAUGACUUGGACCAGAAUGUAGAUGUUACAGAUUCUCGGCUGCGGAGGGUGCAGAAGAACUUGGCAGUUUUGAAUAAGCGUACGAAGGGUGGUUGCUCCUGCUUGUGUUUGCUUUUAGCAGUUGUUGGUAUAGUGGUUUUGGUUGGUGUUAUAUUUCUGUUGAUCAAAUUUUUGUAAGGAUACUGAUUCUGGAGUUGGCAAAAAAAGUAAUGAUACUGAUUCAGGGACUCGAUUGCCUUCUCCUCU